AUGAGAAUAGAUCUGCUCCUCUCGUUGGCCAGCUCCCUCCUUGUUGUGAAUGGACAGGUCAUCAAUCGCUGUGAAUUGGCCAAGAUAUUGCACAAGGAACAUAUGGAUGGGUUUGAAGGCUACACUCUGAAUGAAUGGCUCUGCCUGGCUUUUGUGGAAAGCAACUUCAACAUCUCAAAGGUCCAUGAGAAUGCAGAUGGCAGCUAUGACUAUGGCAUCUUCCAGAUCAACAGCCAUUUCUGGUGCAACGACUACAAGAGUCACUCAGAAAACUUCUGCCAUAUGGACUGUAAAGAUAUUCUGGACCGCAACCUUAUCUCAGCCAUGCAAUGUGCAAAAAAGAUUGUGUCUGGAUCAAGUGGGAUGAAGAACUGGGUACAAUGGAUAUUGCACUGUUCAGGACGGCCACUCUCCCAUUGGAUGACAGGAUGCCGUGUGGAAUGA